GCCCUUCUGAUUCAGAUACUGAAGAAGGCAAAGGACAAUGGCCUCCAGGCUGAGAGUGGUUGGAAGCCUGUUGUCUGGUCUUUAGCUGUUAAGGCCCUUACUAGUACAGAGAGUGAGAGUGGUAGAGUUAGGAAGGAGGUGAAGUAUGUUAGGUCUCAGUUUUACAGAUACAAGAAGAGCUUUCCUCUUUAUAAGGAAAUGGCAGAGCUUGUAGAAGGGAUUGUAGCUGAUAGAAGGAGUGCAUUCCAGCCUAGCCAGAAUACACAGACUUUGAGCAUGCCUAGUCUACAGGCUGCCAGCUCUAGUUCUCUCACAAGUAACAAGACUUCUUCUGUCUCAGCUGUGCCAAAGAGUUUAGAAGAUAUCUCUGACUUUGAGUCAGACACUAGUAGAGACAACACUCAGUACACUGAGACUCUCCCUACAGUGGAUGAGGAAUUGUCUGACAAUAAUAUGGUAGAUGUAGCAGAAAUGAUAUGUAAGCACACUAGUAUUGCUAAUACUUAUCUUGCUUUGCAAAAUAAGGAUUACUGUACUACUUAUUUGCAGAAAUCCCUUGCUAGGUACAAAGGCAUGUAAAUUAGUUUUAUUUUGUAAUAUCUUGACUACUUUCCCUCUGAAUUCAAUAUGUUGAUC